UGUUGCUUGACAGACCGAGAGGGCGGAGCCGCUAACAAAUACACACACACACACACAGGCUUACAAUGGCAUUGUGAUAUCAUAAUGUACCAGAUGACAUCAUAGCAUACCUCUUAGCCAAUAGCGGUGGCAGAUUUAAAUUCAAAUACAGUGCAGAUUUUUUCCCUGACGACAGCACAACACUGACAGUUUUAGGCAGAAUAUUUUAAUUUUAACCAAGAUGCACUGAACUGCCAAAUUGUUGACUACACGUGUCUGUAGCACGAUUAGACACUCCUUUAUAUAGUUUAUCAGCAAAAAAAAUGUGAUUUGGGGGUGACUUGCUCUUUAAAUUGAAUUCUAAAUUCUACCGGGAGCCAGUGGAGGGACUGUAAAACUGGAGUGAUGUGAGUUUGUCUGCUGGAUUUCGUUAGGAGUCUGGCUGCUGCAUUUUGGAUGGCUUGAAAGCGUGAGAGGGAGGUUUUGCUGAGACCAAUAAAAUGAGCAUUACAAUAGUCUAAGCGUGAUGACACAAAGGCAUGGAUGAUUAUUUCCAGAUCUGCAGUUGAAACCAGUUUACGGACUUUUGAAAUGUUUCUCAGUUGAAAGAAACAAGAGUGUGAGAUGGUUUUGACGUGUGAAUCUAAACUUAAAGCUGGAUUAAAAAAUAACUCCCAGGUUUCUAAUGUUGGACUUGGCUGUUGGGCAAAAAGAGGCAAUUUCCUACUCGAUUUUUUGCUGAAGUUCCGGGGGUGCAGCGAUCAGGGUCUCUGUCUUGUUGGCAUUGAGAACAAGAAAGUUGCUGGACAGCCAGUUACUGAUCCAGGUCAGGCAGAGCAAGGGUGGCCAGCUGUCCAACUGGUAUGGCAUGAAGGACAUAUAGAGCUGAAUAUUGUCAGCGUAGAUGUGGUAGGAUAUGUCAGGGAAAGACUGAAUGAUGCCAGCUAGAGGAAGAAUAUAGAAUGUGAAUAGUAGAGGCCCUAGAACUGAACCUUUUGGGACCCAGCAGGUUACAGAGGCAGUAUCUGAAGAGAAGGUUUCUGACUUCACUGUGAAUGUUCUGUUGGUGAGAUAAGAAGAGAGCCAGUCUAGAGCAGAACCUGAGAUACCAGCCAGAGCAUUUAACCUGUUCAGUAGAACGUUGUGGUCUACUGUGUUAAAUGCUGCACUGAGGUCAAGCAGAACCAUGACAGAGCAUUUCCCUGCAUCAGCAGCCAUCAGGAGGUCAUUAUGCACCCUUACUAGAGCAGUCUCAGUUGACUGCUGCUUCAGAGAGCCAGAUUGGAAGGGGCCAGAGAUAUUUGACUUAGAAAACCAGGAUCUGAGUUGGGUUUCAACAACCUUCUCAAGUACUUUGCUGAUGAAAGGUAGCUUAGAUAUGGACCAAAAGUUACUGGUGGAGCUGGCGUCAAGGUUGGGUUUCUUUAAGAGAGGAGUCACUACUGCAUUUUUAAAGUAAGAUGGAACACAGCCUUGGCUCAGUGAGCUGUUGAUUAUAGUCAACAGAGAUGGACUGAUAGAGGCAAGGGACCUGACUUAGACAGAGGGAGGUAACACAUCUGAUGAGCAUGAUGAGAGCUUCAUCUGACUGAUUAUUGAGGUUCAGUCAUUUAGUGUGAUUGGGGAGAAGGAGGUGAAAGACUCGGAGCGUUGAGGGGCCUCCUCGCUGAUGGGGGGGAACUGGUGAAAUGCUAGAUCUUAGAUUCAACGCCUUGUUUGCAAAAAGGUGGAGAAAUAUGUUCCAAUCAUCAGCUGAAGAUAGCUGAGCCUGCCGAGGAGGAGAAGAAACGAUGCUGGAGAUGGUAUCAUACAAAACCUUAGGAUUAUUCUUAUUUUGGCAUAUGAGGUUGCUUAAGAAAGAAGACCUGGCAUUUUCUACAGCUUUGUUGUAUGACUGGAGAAGUUCUUUAAAAUAUUUGUGAUGAACAACCACACCUGUCCUCUUCCACCGACGUUCUGCUUUUCUACAGGAGCGUUUAAGAUUAAGAAUCUGGUUUUUCAGCCAAGGUGAACUGGAGACACUGGAACUGGUUUUGUGUGGGGCAGCCUGAUCUAGAAUUUUGAGGCAAUUUUUUUUAUUUGCGGAAUAAAAUGGAGAGAAAUAAAACAUUUUUAAAAUGAGUCCCUCUCCUCAGUCUUUUCCUCCUGGGAGCACUAAUGACUGAUGGUAAUUACAUUUAAUGAGAACAUGGGGACGUCUCCUGGAUGCACCUCUGCAAAUUGCUCCCAGUGAGGGGUCUGAAGUGGGAUAGGGUAAGGGGCAAUGGGACAGUAGAGGUUGGGGCCAGGAGUGUUUGCUCUGGGUUUUGGGGCCAGGACCUUCAGUGAUAGUUGUCACUCACUGAGCAGUGAAACAUGCCAUGCAUUUGUCUGCUUUUGUCCUGCUUGUUUGUCCUACAGAGAUAACCACACAGAGGUGAUGCUUGUCUUGGCUCUAUUGUCCAAGGCUGUUGUCAGACCUUCCAUGCCCCGUCUCCCCUCAUUCCCAGCUCUGUGACUGGUCUUUUUGCUGCUGUUUUCUAGCUGCAGGGGGUAACUCGACCAAUUUAGUUAAUCCAUUAAUGACCAAUUGUCUCCUCCUACUCCUGCUGCUUGGGCAAACAGCUAGGUGGGGGAGGUCAGGCUUUGUUGACCUAUAAAAGUCAAAGUGGAAGCAGUCAGCCAGUGUCACUGGAUGGCUCCAGUCAGCACUGACUUUACAGACCUUUACUAAGCCUUUUGCUCUUUCUGAUUUGCUCAUUUUUAACUUCACUCUUGUGUGUGGAGAUGAUGGGAAAGCUGAAUUUGUUCUGCCUGCUUCUGAGCUUCUCCUAUACUGAAGCUCGUAUUUGGGCCUGGAUGCUCAACAUGCCUCAUACCCCUCCCAAAGAAGGGGCUAAAGCACUCAGAGAGAACAUUCCCAUCUCCAAAGCUCUCACGGCUGUGUGCGACCACGACAGAGCUUGUGGACGUGGCUUCUCAUGCGAUCGCCACUUUGGUCUUUGUGUGCCUUUACGAGGGGAGGGCCACUACUGCCGGAGGGAUGCACAGUGUGUCCGUGGACUCAGCUGUAUGUUUGGAAAGUGCCACCGCAGCAUCCCCAAUGGUCAAGAGGGCUCCAGGUGUAAAGUUGACAGAGACUGUGAAGCUUCCAUGUGUUGUGCCCGACAUCACGGUGAGCAGGUGUGCAAAAGGCGGCUGAUUGGUGGAGAAAGCUGUUUUGUUCCUGACGGCGGCCUGGCAUUCAGCAUCAACCAGAUUUGUCCAUGUGAAGACGGCCUGCUGUGUCGUGAAGACAGUGGACCGCACCGGAGAGAGUGAGUACAAAAGCAUGUCCAAAGAAAAGUUUUUACAUCAGAGGUCCUGGAAACAAAAUGUCGUGCUCAUGAAUGUGGGUUUCCAGGAACUAUAAAUAACUCAUUGCUUCAUAUGUGCAGUUUGCCUCAAUCUAAUAUUUGACAAAGUGGUCAAAUAACUGAAAUGUGGGCAAAAGAAUAUUUCUUCUACAACUUUAUCUUGUCAGACAGGUAACAGUAAUAUAAACCUCCUUACUGUCUGAAAUUCUUCAUGAACUUUUACUGACCCAGAAUGUGUUUCUAGUUGCAGAUUGUAAAAACUCAGAUGUAACUUUGUGUCACACAUGAUCACUGCUGCCUUGGUUCAUCCUGAUGACAUGCAAACAGAGGAACUGAACUCUUCUUUUGUGUUUUGCUGCAAUGUUUUAUAGACAAAAGAUUAAAGUAUUGUGUUGAAAUCAUAAAUCAGCAGAGCAGUUUUGAUUCUUACACAAGACUGUUUAGCGUUUACAUAAAUAUCCCACUAUGCAUUGCACACUAUGUAAUGAGUUUUUACCAUUGAAAAUAUAGUGCAUGUGAAAGUCUGACUGGGACAAGCAAAACAGAAACAUUCUCCAAAAAUUAUAUUGAUGAUCAUGUCAAUGAUUGCUAUGUUGUACAAACUCACAUAAUCCCAUCAUUAUGUCAAAUGCAUU